AUGCCAUACGCCUCGUUGGAUCCGUCCGUUGGGGCCAUACCGGCUCCCCUUCAGCCCGCCAUGUCUUACCGAGAGGUAUCUUGUUGGAAUUGGGAACCACUGAGCUCGCUCAAGAUAUUGGGCUUAUUGUCUCUCUGGCAGUCAGCGUACGGACUACCGCUACUAGUGCUAACUCUGAUAAGCUCCUUCUACCCCAAAGACCUUAUUCCCGUAUCAUCUCCCACAUUUCCAUGUUCGAGCUCGAGCUCAAGCAGAAGACAUGUGAAGCUGUUGAGCUACCGCAGCCCUGCAGCAUCCAUCCAAUUUGGUCCCCAACGAAGCGGCAUCGUCUGCAACGGCGAGCCACCCUCGGCCCUCAACCGCUGGAAGAUACGGACGACGCAGCCAUACCAACGCCUUGGGCCAGCCAUCCCUUGCAAUCUGGCAGAACCUCCAAACUCUAUCCUGUCCGUCCACGAUAAUUCGGCUAUGGCUAGCCAACAAGUUUGA